UGUGUUUAACUUCAGGCAGGAUAAGCAUGGUUUUGGUUGACACCUUAAAAAUCUACAGUUGGAGCCAGUGAUAUGAUCCAUGACCUGAGGGUCCUGGGCUAUUCAUGAUGUAAUUUGAAUAACCUGCAAAGUGAGUGUCUGAGAGUUUGCCUGAGGGGAGCAAGUUCAGAACAGGAUGCAGCUCAGUGUGUGCACUUUGCAGGAAGGCACCUCAUGUUGGGACAUUAAAGAGCAGCUUGUAGUGAUCCUGCAAGGGUUGGGCAGAGGGAAAGUACUGACAACAGGAGUGCUGGACACAUCUCAGACCUCAUCAGAACUGUGAGAAGGAGUUUUCCUUCUAGGAUCUUCCCUUGAAGCAUGGCCUACAUAUUAAGGACACUCAACAGCUGGUUCUGGUGGGAGAACAUCUGGAUGCCAAUCAAUUGUACAUGGGCAGAUUUUGUAGACCGGGAUGGCCUUGUCUUCCCCAAACCACACCAGUUAUAUGCCACAAUCCCAUAUGCCUUUGUAUUGCUGAUUAUCCGCUUCUUCAGUGAAAGAUAUGUUGCCAUUCCUCUGGCAAAAGCCCUGGGCAUAAAGAAUGUAAGACGUGUGAAGCCACAGCCUAAUCCUGUUUUAGAGAGUUAUUUCCGGGAGUGCUCCAGACAUCCAUCCCAAUCAGAGAUUCAGGGCCUUGCCAAGAAGUGCAACUGUACCAUCCACUUGGUGGAGAAAUGGUUUAGGAGACGGCGGAACCUGGAGAUCCCAACAGUCCUUCGGAAGUUCCAGGAGGCUUUCUGGCGUUUCUCAUUCUAUCUGACAUCCUCCAUUGUUGGAUUUAUAUUUCUGUAUGAUAAACCCUGGUUUUACGACAUCUGGCAGACGUGGGUUGGAUACCCAUUUCAGACCCUGCUGCCAUCCCAGUACUGGUACUACAUGGCUGAGAUCGGGUUUUACUGGUCUCUCUUAUUUACCCUUGGGAUUGACAACAAAAGGAAGGAUUUCCUGGCUCACGUUGUCCAUCACUUGGCAGCCAUCGGGCUGAUGAGCGGCUCUUGGUGCGGCAACUACGUGCGCCUCGGGACGCUGGUGAUCUUCGUGCACGACACUGCAGAUUUCUGGCUCGAGGCAGCCAAAAUGUUUAAUUAUGCUCACUGGGAGAAAACCUGCAAUAUCCUCUUUAUCAUCUUCUCUAUCGCAUUCUUCAUCACCAGGAUCAUCCUCUUCCCCUUCUGGAUCCUUCGUGCCACCCUGUAUCAGCCAACCUACUAUUCCACAACUCCUGUCAUAGCCUAUUUCUUUUUCAAUGGGAUGCUGUUGAUCCUCCAAGGCCUGCAUUUGUACUGGGGUUACUUAAUCUUCAAGAUUUUGAAAAGGUUCGUUUUCCUGAAGGACCUGAAGGAUGAUCGCAGUGAUGAAGAGGAGGAAGAUUCUGUCACGGAUACUGAGGAGGAGUCCACGAAGAAUGGCAGCAAGAGCAGCAGUGGGUCCAGCAAACACCUCCUCAGUGGCAGUCACCACUAGCCCUGUCCUGCCCCACCUCCUGCAGCCAUUUCUGCUCUGGUUUCAGCCCAACCUAGAGGAUAGAAUUUGAGUCAAAAGGCUUGUGAGAGACUGUGAUUGAUUUAUUGUUGGCUACUGGACCUGGAAAAAAGCCCAGUUUAGAGGGAAGGGAGAAAUUGCAUCAAAUGACAAAAUGUGUUAAUGACCCACUUUCUGAAUCGUUGGGAAGUGUGUGGGAAGAGGUUUGGACUCUGACAGUGCUCCACUAGGGCAGAGCUCAGGGGAAUCAAAUAAUUCAGUGUCCCAUUGGUUUUCAGUCUGAUAUAUUCCAUCAAACAGUUUAAAUCACAGAUGUUUUGGGGUAGGUAACUUAGUGUGAACUCCAUUAGGAACCAGCAUUACUCAAUGUGAGAAAAAUCUGACAGUGCUCUGCAGUGACUGGCACUUCAGUCUUUACUCUUCAGCUGAAACCCUCAUCAAAAAUGAUAUUUUUUUAAGUUAGAUUUCAUUUCCUGGAGGCCAGAGGAAGCAAACAUGGAGGAAUUCAAAUGACUUGCCUGUGAAGGGUUGGCUUCAGUGCAGAAAUACAGUCUUUCUCUGAAAUGUGCUGUAUGAUAGAUAGCUCAAUAUUGUGUUCUAGGAUUUACCUGUCAAGGAAACCACUGUUAAAACAGCAAAACUCAACCCUGACUCUCCACUGAGCUCCAGGUUUCCCAAAUGUCUUUCAGUCCUUUUGGCCCAGUGUUAGAACAGAAGGGGCAGUGGGGAGAGAGGAGAGUGAAUGGAAAUUGGGUCUUUUCACAGGUCCUUGUGCAGACAAGGUGACUUGUCUUCAAAACACCCCCUGUUCCUGACACAUCUUCAGCCCAGAGGGUUGAAAACAAAUCUCAUCCAGUCCCUUCUUGUGCUUCUUGGCCAUUGUGUUCCCUGGAGCGAGUGCUAAAUUCUGAUUUGAGGCUCUGGAGUGUUCACUGCAGGUGUCCAGGUUUGGGGACUGGCAUGGAAUGUCCCACUGUCGGUGCUGUGGGGUCAUCUGAUACCAGGAUCAGUAUUUCCAUCUCUGCUCUGCUACAAAAUCGGGAAUCGCAUAAGUUAGAGCCAAACUUUGAAUGUGUGACUUUGGGGAACUGAUCAA